CGUCACUUUUAGCGCGGACUUUGUUGUUGGCGGAAAGGCUUCCCUUCCGCGUCCAAGUCGCCUCUUUAAGGUGGUGUUUUUUAAGAAGCUUUUAGCCGUAAUAUUUACUUGUAACGCUGUUUUUAUUAUUUUUAUGAAGUGCCUGCAGUCGACCAAGACGCUGCUUCUCAAAUGGACGUUCAAACCAUUGACACGGAGGAAUUCUCUCACAUUCCGGGCAAGAGACGGAGAAAAUCCAAACUCUCUAAGAAUGUAGAAAUGGACAUCGCGUCGCUCUACAAGGCGAUUCCUCAGCUCGCACAGACCUUCCGCAUCAUUGACAAAAUAGGAGAAGGAACCUUCAGCUCCGUCUACCUUGGCGAGGCUCAGAUGCAGAAUGGGACGAAAGAAGUGUUUGCUCUGAAGCAUCUCAUCCCGACCAGCCAUCCAACUCGCAUCGCAGCUGAGCUUCAGUGUCUCACGAUCGCUGGAGGGAGGGAGAACGUGAUGGGUGCAGUUUACUGCUUCAGGAAGGAGGAUCAGAUUGUCAUUGUUAUGCCGUACAUGGAGCAUCAACCGAUCGUGGACAUUAUCAGCUCACUAAGCUACGAAGAUGUCCGCCAGUACGUUUAUCACCUGCUGAAGGCUUUGAGUCACAUCCAUCAGUUCGGCAUUAUUCACCGGGACAUCAAGCCCAACAACUUCCUUUACAACAGGAAAACAAAAACGUACGCCCUGGUGGACUUCGGCCUGGCUCAGGGAACACCAGACACCCAGAUCGAGUUGCUGAAGGUGGUGAGACAGAGAUCAGCACCAAAAGGCCGGGGGCACACUGGUGACACAAGAAGCAAAGGCCCGUCCAAACUGACCUCUACGACCUCACAGCGUCCACGUCAAUCCGCUGCACGUCCAUCCUCCGCCACAUCCUCCUCCUCUUCCUCUACCACCCACUCACCCUCCUCUCGGAAAUCUCUGUUGGAAAAAUCACGUUGUAUCACGGCAGUAGGCCACGCCUCCUCUCGCACAAAGGACCUGGAAAGGAUACGAAGAGUUCAGCGACCUGUGUUCGGAGAGAAAAGCCUCAACAGCUGCGCCCAGGCUGCCCACAGCAGAAAAUCAGAUAUUAGGCCCGAGCUGUUGAAGCGGAAAACCGAGUCGCUGACUCAUCGACGGUACGCCGCUACCAGUCGAGUCUCCCACCCGUCGAAACCUCAGAGCAGCAGUGAGAAGCCCCAGAGAAGUGUCCCCAGCACACUCACCUGCAACUGCUUCAUGAUCGAUCGAAUCUGCAACAUCUGCAUGUCCAGGAGACAGCAGGUGGCUCCGAGAGCAGGGACGCCUGGAUUCAGGGCACCAGAAGUCCUGACCAAGUGUCCGGAGCAAGGGACUGCCAUCGACAUGUGGUCAGCUGGUGUGAUCAUGCUGUCCCUGCUCAGCGGGCGGUACCCCUUCUUCAAGGCCAAUGAUGAUCUGGUUGCUCUGACUCAGAUCAUGACAAUCAGAGGUUCCAAUGAGACCAUCCAGGCGGCAAAGACUUUCGGUAAGGCAUUGCAGUGCAGUCGUGAACUUCCUCGGCAGGAUCUCAGGGUCUUGUGCGAGACCUUGAGGGGUCUUAGAAGACCACCGUACGAGGACGACGACGAGGACCAUAUCACAUCACCGAAGGAUCGGAGCAGAGACUCCAUUCCCUCCCGUGACCACAUCAAAGGCGAGACCUCCACCCACAGCCCAGCUGACAGACUGCAGUCCUCACACCACUCGGAGAGGACUAACACCUCAAGCUCCCAGUACAUGAAGGAAGAAAAUCAGGGUUGGACUCAAGUUCCAGAUGAGGCGUACGACCUACUAGAUAAGCUGCUGGACCUGAACCCAUGUACCCGGAUCACAGCAGCUCAGGCACUAGAGCACCCCCUCUUUAAAGACUUGAAUCCCUCAACUUGAACUUUUAUUUGGUGCAUUUCACUAGUUUUUAACAUUCUUCCCCUCAUGGUUUUAAUAAAAGAGAUUUUAUAUUUUA